GCCGUCGGUGACGCACCAUCCGCGCUCUCUCUCUCUUUUGGUCCCCUCACUGACCCCUCAGCACCGCACGCGCCGCCCCUCACGUCUUCCUCCGUCACUAUCUCCACUUUGGACACCACAAACACAAAGUGGGGAAAUCUAGAGUGGGAGGUACGGAGUGAUGGGGUGAAGGCAGUGUGGAGUUACUUUAGUGAAUCAUAAGAUAAGUGAAAUAAUUGGAUGAAUAUUCGGUGAAGACGAGGACGGUCCACGCUGGAAAAAUCGAAUUGAUUCAUAGUGCAGUUUCGCCGGAAAAAAAAAUUAACACAGAUUACAAGAACUUUGUAAGAUAACGCGUUAAAGUUUAUUGAAAAUUCAAGUUGACCAGUGAAGGAAUAUAACACCGCUCGUGACCACCACCACCACCACAACAUUAUACUGAGCGUCGCAUGAGAGAAAGGAAAAAACCCUCUCAUACGAUUAUCCAAUUAAGGUGCUGCUAAAACCUGGUGUGUAGUGUUAAAGUGUAAGACCCGCCUGUAGAGGGUUAAGAGGUGCCGUGGUUAGGAGCUCCCAGAAUUAAGCUCCGGCCGUGAAGAUCAUCCACGCCACGAGCCUCUGAUCCUAGAGAGUGUAGAAGAGGGAAUACCCACCUGUAGGCGUUGAUCUGAGGUAGUCAGUGCCCGUUCCUUCCAUCACCUCACUCAGCCAUGGCCAGAGUGAGCCCAGGACCCGUCUACGGUGGUGGUGAGGUGCUAGUGGUGAUGAUGCGCAAGAUGACGGCACUGGUGAUGACGAUGGUGGUGGUGAUGACGCUAGUGUGUCUCCCACAGACUCCAGUCACCGCCAGGGUUGAGG